AUGGCGCUAGUAGCUUACCGGAACCUGCUGCGAUCUGCGCGCAUCGCCUUCGAGGGCGACAUGAACACCCUCUUCGCCGCCCGCGCCGAAGCCCGCAAGAAGUUCGAGUCCAACCGUGACCUGCGAGUUGGAAGCGAGGAAUUGCAAGCGUCAUUAGUACAUGCCGAAGAAGUAGCCAAGUUCCUACGAGAGAACGUUGUUCAAGGACAAGCAGCGGCCGAACAGGACAGUUACAAGCUACGGAUACACGAGCACACCGAAAGAGGCGACAACGAGGAUAUCAAGAAGGGAAAGGGAAAGACUACAUUGGGAGGAACCAAAUGCUGUUCCUCCUAG